AACAAGACCACGGUGUCUUUUUCAAUUUAUAAGAGGUGAUUACGCACACCAUGGUAUUUUCGGAUAUACAUAUCCCUCCAUAGCAGCUCUCACUGUCAAUCCAAGAGGAACAUUCCUCAGCUUACGAUCAUCGUCAAUAUAUAUCCACUUCGACGACAACACUGCACUGCACACGCUCCACUAUAACAUCAACCACCAGAAUAUACAUAAAAUACUUACGGAACCGCAACAUCCCCAAUGCGCUUCUUCACCUCCCUCUUUCCCCUCCUCCUCCUCCCCCUACUCAUCACCGCCAAAUUCAAAUCCAAACCCAAAUCCAAACCCUCUCCCAAAAAAAUCCACCUCCCCUCUAUUCACACCCUCACCCUCGACUCCAACCGUCUCACCACCUCCCUCAACCGCCCUCCCAUCCCCCAACUCCACUGCUCCCCUCCCUCCCUCUGCGCCCUCUUCACCGUCUCCACCAUGGUCUGCGAAAACAUCGGCUCGGCAUACGGAAAAGCAGAUGUACAGUGGAGUUGUAAAGCCGAGUUACCCCCCGAGUUUCGGCUGGGCGGAACGGAGGUGAGUUGUGAGGCGUGGGAUGAGGACGGGGAGGGGGAGGAGUGGGUGGUCGGGGGGAGUUGUGGGGUGGGGUAUCGGUUGGGGUUGACGGAGAUGGGGGAGAGGCGGUUUGGGAAGAUAGGGGAGGGACGGGGGGGUUAUGAGGGGUGGGUGGACUGGUUUGUUAUGGCCGGGUUUUGGGUGCUGUUUGUCGUGGUGGCGGGGUGGAUUGUUUGGGGCAUUUGUACGGGUAGGGAGAGGGCUGGAGGUGGUGGAGGCGGUGGAGGUGGCGGAGGGGGAGGGGGUGGUGGAGGAGGGUGGUGGGGUAAUGAUUCAGACGAUCCGCCGCCGCCGUACGAUUGGCAGCCGAGGCGGAAACCACGGACGUCGGGUACGGGGUCGGUGGGCGGCGGUGGAGGAGGAUGGGCGCCAGGGUUCUGGUCUGGGGCGAUGGGGGGUGCGGCGGCGGGGUAUUUCAUGGGGCGGAAUCGGGAGGGGAGGGGAAGUCGAGGGUAUGGGUAUGGUGAAGCGUCAAAUACGGGUUGGGGAGGAUAUGAUCGAGGGGAAGGGAGCUCACGGUCGAGCAGAGGGGUGUCGUCGGCACGGUAUGAGAGCACGGGAUUUGGCGGCACAACGAGGCGGUAG